AUGUCUCUUCGGAUUAUUACAGCCGGUAGCCAUAAAAUACCUGUGGCUUGUUUGAGGAUGGCUUUGAAGAUGAUCCAUGGGGCAGAAUUGGUAGAACAUCUUGUGUGCACAACCAUCACCAAAACUAAUGAAGUUCAGAUGAAGGAACAUCUUGUGUGCACAACCCAUUCCAUCCUUUUUAACGGUUACUUAACAGGGUGGAAUGGAUUCGUGGACCGAGAGUUGGAUUGCAAGCUCUUGGGUGACAAAGGCAUAGAUGCUUGAACGACAAAUGACGAUCCGUAUAUACCGUAUAUACAUUGUGUGAUGAUGCACUCAAUUGAUUCGUUUGUUUACACCUCAAGUGUGGAUUCAAGAUUUCACUGUUCAUCCAAUUAACCUUCCAUGAGUAUGCCUGGAGUUGCGAAGUUUGGUUCGAAAUAGAUUGCACCGGGGAUGCCGACCCGUACGUGUCCGAACCAGUGGGUGUCGAUCGAUGUAUACCGAACAAUAGAAGUCGAACCAUAUAUACCGAUCCAUGGAUAUCGGACCAGAACAUGCGUGACCGAAGCUUAGAUGCCCAAAUCAUAGGAUUGGUGCAAUGGGCUUAGUAUGUGCUUGAAGUGUGACCAUUUUAAUAUGACGCGAUAGUUUUUAUACACAUCUGAAGUCGGAUGAGGUAGCACAAGCCUAUCACUGUUAUUGCAAUUAUGUUUUGCUGUAGUGACACACCAUCGCUUGAGUAGGCCAUCAAAAGAAAUACUUGAUGUUGGGAUUGAAUUCGUUGAGAGAUAGAUGUGGGAUUGAAUUUGUCAUGAACCAAGUCAGAUGGAAGCUCAAGUCAAGAAACUCCUUUUUUUUACAUGUUGAUUUAGGAUUGCUAGAUUUGACAAUCACGUGUAGAUUUCUAGGUGGGAUGAACCGAGCUGCGUUGUGAACAUCUGGAUCGAGUAUCGUCUUCAAUGUCGGGAAUACUGGCAUAGAAUAAAGUCAAACGGGAAAAAAUGGAAGUCGCCAACAUCCAUUGACGAAUUCAAUUUUGCUACAAUAGAAUCGAUUUUAUGUACAACUUAGGUACAACUUACUAAUGCUCAGGUAUAUGGCUGUCUGGUUUGAUCGAUCGUCAAAGAACAUAGGUGACGUUUACCACUGAAGUCGGUUAUCAGACAGAGGAAAGGGGUCGAGAGUUGACUGGUUUUGUGAUUGUAAUGAGGUAAGAAAACCCAUAUGUACCAAACCAUAGAUGCAGAUCACCGAAUACCAAGCCACAAGUACGAUCAAUGUAAAACAUAACUUAUAUCUCCGAUUCACUUCUAUUUUUUUCCCUAAAAAAUGGGAUAAACAGUCAUCCUACUAUAUUUUUUAUCUCGUUUUUACUCCC